AUGGACAAGGCGCACGGCCUGCUGCCUCUCUGGGACCCUGCCGCGCUCGCGCUCGCGGUGCGGCAGGGCACGGGCGCGCUCCGCCGGCGCUGGCCGCAGCUGCUGGGGUCCCCCGGCGGCGCGGCGCCGGCCGCUGAUGAGGCCGAGGAGUCGGCUGCAGCCGACGCGGCAAGCAUUGGGGAAGGGGGCGAUGCAGCAGCCGUCAGUGCGACGGGCAGCGCUGCUGACGCCGCGUAUGCGAGCGACACCGGCGCAGAGGCCUCUGCGGCGGUCGCGAGCCCCGCCGCCGCUGGCGCCGCUGCAGCGGAGGGCGGCAGCGCCACAGCCAGUGGCGCGCAGCCCGCAGUGCCGCGCGAGCGCGGCCCGACGCGAGGAACAAGCGCAGCGCCCGACGAGCAACCUCAGCGGGUAAGGCGGCCGCAGGCGCGUCAGCACGAGCAGACGCACCCACCGCCGCCACCCACCAAACCCGAGGAGUCGCCACUGGAGGCCUCCCAGCCCGACGCCGCCUCGGCACCCGCGACCAUUGGCCCGGGGCCCGCCGCCGCCGCUGCACCCAGUCGCGCCGGCGCGGCGGCGGCUUCUCCGCAGCUGCCCGCGGAGGGGACGGCGGCGCUGGGCGUGCUGGUGAUGCUUCAUGAGGCGGGGUGGCCCAACUGGAUGGUGUGGGCGCGGUGGGAGGAGCUUCAUGAGGGCCGCGUGGUGGUGCUGGUUCACAUGAAGGCUGGCGUGGAGGUCGACCCCGCCAUGCCCGGCGCCGCGGCCAUCCUGGAGCGGCUGCUGGACACGCGCGUGGAGAGCCGCUGGGGCUGCCUGAGCCUGACGGAGGCGAUCCUGGACUGCUCCUGCGAGGUGCUGGCCCGCUGCCCCGCCGUGCAGCACGUCGCAGUGUGCAGCGGCCACGACGUCCCCGUCGCGCGCGUGCCGCCCGGCGCACUGCGGCCGGGGCACACGCUGUUCACCGACUUCAGGUGUGUCAUGCGUGCCCCGCGUGCCUCAUUUGCCUGA